AAAUAAUAGAUAGCGUCUUGUCUUAUCAAAUCACUGUUUUGUUUUUCAAAAACGCAAACUGCUGCAGGAUGCCCGAUUCCUUGGAGGAAAAGGACACCUCCACAAUUUCGCUGCGGAUAUGCGUGGAGGGACAUGCAAAUGCGCUGGUUUUGAACAAGGAUAACAACCAGGUGGCUUUGGCUGGAAGGAGCUUGCUCAAGGUGUACGCCAUCAACAGCAAUGGCUUUACGGAAUCGUGUAACAUGCGCGGGAAGAACCAGAACCUUAGUUAUUCCGCCAAUGAUGUGGCCUGGUCCACCUUGGAUAGUAAUCUUCUGGCCACGGCGGCCACCAAUGGCGUGGUUUCCGUGUGGGAUCUCUCCAAGUUUGGGCGGCAGAAGCAGCUCCUGGUGUACAACGAGCAUGAGCGCACUGCCAACACCGUGACCUUCCAUAGCAGCGAACCCAACAUCCUGAUCUCUGGCUCCCAAGAUGGCACCAUCAAGUGCUUCGACAUUCGAUCGGAUAAGUCCGUUAACACAUACUUCUGCAACUCGGAGUCGGUGAGGGACGUGAAGUUCAGUCCGCACACGCAGAACAUAUUCUCCGCCGUCUCCGAGAACGGAACCGUCCAACUGUGGGACAUGCGAAAGUGGGACAAGUGCAUGGUCCAGUUUACGGCUCACUACGGACCCGUCUACACCUGCGACUGGCAUCCCACGCGAAACUGGCUGGCCACCGGCAGUCGGGACAAGCAGAUCAAGGUGUGGAACAUGGACGGCAGGCCGGGAUUGGAGCACACUAUCCAUACGAUAGCGGUGGUAGGACGGGUGAAAUGGCGGCCAGAAAGAACCUAUCACAUUGCCAGCUGCGCCCUAGUGGUGGACUACAGCGUGCAUGUGUGGGACAUCCGGAGACCCUACAUCCCCUUCGCCUCCUUCAAUGAGCACACCAAUGUGACCACUGGUAUUGCGUGGCAGGGCAGCGAUUCCCACUGUCUGCUGUCCAUCAGCAAGGACUCCACCAUCUAUAAGCAUGCUUUUAAGGAUGCCACAAGGCCAGCCAUGAAGGCAAAUGCCCAGGGAGCCAGCUUGGGCAGAUUUGGGGACAUUUCGUUUGUCAAUAAGAUCAAAGAAUAUGCCCCAAAAGCCAGUGGCGCAUCCAAUACCAAGUCUUCCAGCUUUAUAAGUCGCCGGAAACCGAAUGUGGCUGGAAGUAUUCAGUUUCAUUUGGACCAUUCUAAGAUGUACAAAAUCAUGGUUAACGAAACGUUUUCUGGCUAUCCCCUAAGUGAAUCCGUCUCAAGACCUACCCAAGAACAUGAAAGUUUUAUUGGCUGUGCCAGGGAACUGAUAAUUAGUGGCAAAAAGCUGUCGGAGCUUUGCGAGCACAACGCAGAAGUGUCCAAGAAAUACGGCAAACAUAAUGCCACCACAUUGUGGAACUUUAUCAAACUCUUCUACGGCAGCAAUCACUUUGAGCCUCCCUUCGAGCACCGCUCCUCUUUCUCGAACCAAAAGAAUCCGAUGAACUCCCGCCGUGCCACCCAAGUGGCCAGCGAUUGGCCCCAGCAGCGGAGUGAAUUGGGCCAGGAUCUCAAUGGAAACACUCCGGAGACGGCCCACGAGAUUGAUGUGGCCAAUGUGGAUGACGAUCCGCUCGGUGGCAGUGGAGUAGAGCAUCCACCUACUAGUUCUGUGAUUCUCUCCGAGACGCAAAUCAUCAGCGAGAUAACAUUUGACAACUUUGAGCUGUUACGCAAUGGAUUCAUAUUCGUGGGUCCCACAGAAUGCGCCAAGGCUUUGGCAUUUCCUGCCCUGCAUCACGAUGUUCAGGCAGCUCGCCCUCAACUGGAUCUCAAGGCCUCCGAUCACGAGAAGUCGCCCCCACCUCAUGUUCCCACUGUACUGAAAGUCAGUCAUGCUCCGCCCAUUCCCAUGUGGGAGCCACAUAAGUUUGUGUCCGACGCCCUCAUGCUGAUGAACGACGUUGGUGAUGUUCAAACUGCGCUGACAGUGCUAAUAGCUUUGGGAGAGGCUCGUAAACUGCUGCCCAUUGAGGACACUCUGGUGGAGCACUGGUUCUACACCUAUGUGGACCAGCUGCAUCGCUACGAGCUGUGGAACGAGGCCUGUGAGGUGAUCAACCGCUCCUGGCUGCGAUCCGUGCAGCAGAUCAACCAGCACUCGACGGCCAUGCACACGAACUGUGGAGAAUGUGGUCGACCGAUGGGCGGCAAGGUGGGCUGGUACUGCGACAAGUGCAAGUCCAUGCAGUCGGCCAAGUGCUGCGUCUGUGGCCUUAUCGUCCGUGGUCUUUACGCCUGGUGCCAGGGAUGCUCCCAUGGCGGCCACAUCGAGCAUCUUCAGAAGUACUUCGCCAAGCACUCCAAGUGCCCCAAGUGUGGACACAUGUGCUCGUACUCAUGAGACGCGGAAGAGGCUGGGUUUACCCAGCUUCUACCCCCGAUUUGAAUCCCUUUUAGUUAGAGAAGACUUUUUCCCAAUAAGUACCUUGCAAAAACACUUGAGAACCUUUCGAUAUUUCGAGCAGCUUACUAUUAGUUUUAAGCUUACUUACUGUUUGUGGAAUAAAAUCGAUAAAUUAAAUAUUUAAGAAUAGUUUAAAAUUAGCCAAAAACAAAUUUUAAAAACUUGUAUAAUCACCAUUUUCCAACACUGUUUGUUACUUAAAUAUUUAUAAAUAAUAAUGCCAAAUAAAAAUGUUUUC